ACCAUAGUAACACAUACAACUCCGCUUCUGUGUGUUAGCUUGUUAUCAGCCGUCGUUUAUGUUUUCUGGUCAGUUGUCUGUUGUACUACUGUAUGAUGCAGGGCUCAAAUACAUACCUCAUACGUCCGAACCAUCAGCACAAAUUUAAACCAGCUGUGGUCAAAGAGUAUAUUCGUGAAAUAGUGAGGGACCGUUUGUCGGGGGUCCGGUAUAACCCAGAGGAGGUUCCGGAGCUGUGUCGGUCGUUGGCAGACAGCAUAAAGGAUAAGGUGAAAAAUGCUGGUUUGGACAGAUAUAAACUGGUUGUGCAGGUGGUUAUUGGAGAACAGCGAGGACAGGGAGUGAAGAUGUCCUCCAGGUGUUUAUGGGAUGCUGACACAGAUAACUAUGCAGAGGAUGUGUUCAUGAAUGAGAACAUGUUCUGUGUUGCAGCAGUUUUUGGAAGCUACUACUACUGAGGACCAAGCAGCAUGGAUGGAAGAGGACAUCCACUGAGCUCAGGGUCUUCUGUUAUGGUCCAUCUGGUCCAGGCUGUGGUGGUCCCUGUUGUUCUCCUGUUGGUCAACUGUCCACCACUAGGCUGUGGUCCAGCCUUCUCUCAACAGUACCUUGGGACAUUGGGUUGGACACUGGUGCUGUUGAAGGGAUGACCAUGUCUUCCUCUGGUUCUGUUUUUUUCUUCUUUGUUGCCCGUGGGUUCCUGUGUCCCUGGUGUGGUUCUGAUGAUGCUCCACUGGUUUUCAGCGCUGUAGGACCUGUUCUGUUGGUUCUCCUUCAUCUUCUCUUCAGGUUCUGCUGGAUCUUCUUGGCUCUGUCAUUGAUGGUUCUGAUGACCCCAGUGUGUGUCCACGUCUGCUUAUCUUAAAAACACCAAACACAUUCAUUCACUGCAGAGACUGAAUAAAACCUUCAACAGGGUUCUUACGGGUCCUUGAAAUCCUUGAAAAUCCUUGAAUUUCAAUGUUGUGUUUUCAAGGUCCGGAAAGUGCUUGAAUUUUAGUUUCAGUGUUUGAAAGGGUUUGUAAUUCUAACUUGGGGAUGUGGUUUAUUUCUGUAUUUCUAAUCUUAACUCCAGCCAAAGCUCCUCCCACAGAGGU